CUGUAUUUCAACAGGAAUUUAUGGUUUUCCAAAUGAGCCUGCUGCUGUCAUUGCCCUUAACACUAUUAAGGAAUGGUUAAGCAAGAAUCACAAUGAGGUGGAUCGUAUCAUCUUCUGCGUCUUUUUGGAGGUUGACUACAAAAUUUUCAAGAAGAAAAUGGGCGAGUUUUUCCCUCUAGAUGAUGCUAAUGAGGAAGGGACUGAGCUGAGUGAAGAGACAGAAGGGUUGGAACAAAAAGGCCAGCCUCUAUCUCCCACAAAGAGCAAAGGAGAGCAGCCUGAGGACCUGCAAGAUAAUGCUGAAGGUGGUAAUGGCACAAAGGAGAAGCAAAACACCGAAGAAACCGAGGUCCAGAGCCGAGAAGCAGAUGAGCCGAAACCUUCAGCUGUAGCCAGCCUAUCAUCAUCAGAAGGAACAGAGCUGAGUGAGGAUAAAGACUCCCUGAAAGAUUCCAAAGGCACACGGGAGAGUGACCCAGUGCAUCCUGUGGGAUGUGAACAAGAUCAAGCCGAAGGACAACAGGAUGUUUCUGCAGAGGAGGAGAUGAAAACUGGGGCAGAUUCCCAAAGCUCCUGCGUGGAAAUAGAAGAGGCAUUGUUGAACCAGGAAGACACAACAGAAGUUGAGAUACCUUUGAUUCAUGGUGCAGAGGAAAAAGAAGAAGGAGGUGAGGCUCCUUAUAAAAUAGAUUGA